GUGAUAGCACGAUGCGGUUUAAAACAAAACUCGUUAAAAUAAGGCCUGUUUAAAUUAAGUCCUGUUAAAAUAAGGCCUGCCCAAGUUUGCGCUCCAGGAGUAUAAGUAGCAACCGGCGCACAACAAGAGACUCAAGGCAUCCGGAUCUCCAAAGCUCCCUCAGCUUACUAUCUCGAGACAGAGCAGAGAGCUCCGCAUUGUCGGCUGGUAACCGUACUCUCAGUCACAGUCAAGAUGGCGGCAAGGCCCGGCGAGGAGAACGUAGCUACGCUCUUCGGAGAUGUUCACUACUUUUACUCUCCGGCGAAUGUGAAGCCCCGCCAUCAUCGUUUUGAUAAAGGAUCAUACGUCUACUUGUUUGAGAACGCCAGCGCGAGGAGGUGUCGAAUUGAGAUUGCGAACAACCCUGGAACAGAUGAUCAAGAUGCUUUUCAUGGAUUUCUCGACCAAACGCACGUUCGGUACUCAUACAAGCAACACUGCACGGUCUCUUUGACCGUAGCCGAGUCGGUCGACCAGAGCGAAUGGCAUCUGCCCACCUACGAUCCGCGCAACGAGACCAAAUAUCACUACAAGCUACAUUCACUCGAUAUAUACUUCUGGACGCAGCAGGAUGCGCUGCAGUUUGUCAAUGGUGUCCGGCGUGUGCUUCCGCCGGCCCAGGUCGAGGUCCUCGAUGAGCCAGGCCCGCCCGCUCAGCCCGCCGGAAUGAACGCCGUCAUCCAGAAGCUCGAGACGGCUGCCAUCUCUGAUCCCAAGUACAACCAUGAGCCGGUGUCAUCGCAGUCGGCUUCUCAAAGCUCGGUUGGCGGCGCCGGCGACGUUUCAGCCGUUUCGUCAACAGCUCCAAGCCUCUCCUUGCCGCCUCCGCCUCCUCCUCCUGCUCAGCCGGCCAACUUUGCGCCGAUGGCAUAUAACCCAGCUGCUCCGGCGGCGCCCGAGACCAUUCGUCAUCGCGAGAAGACCCCCCCUCCGGAUGAGGAUCCCCUCAAUCCGUUGGCAGUCGCCGUGGCAUAUGAUUAUCGCGGACAGCCCUUCACUCCAGGCAUUCCUCCGCCAUCUGCACUCGGUAACUUGGGGAAUGGGCCUCAUCAAUUCGCAGCACCUCCAGCCAAUCCCGGACCUCCAGUCCAUCCCGGGAUUCACCGAGCCACGACGAUGCCGGCGCAAGGUUUACCCUCUCCCGGACUGCCCGGCACUUAUGGAGCUGGAUUUCCGGCAUCUCCAGGCUUCUCUUCACCGCCAGCAUCAAUGCCGCCAGCGGUAAACCAAGGCCUUCCUGGUCCUCCAGGUCCCCCGCCAGGCGGAUACUCCAACUAUUCAUAUUCUCAGUCGAGCUAUACACCGGGGGCACCUACAGAUUACUCUAUACAUCAACAGGUGUAUCGGCCGACAGAGGCUGAGGCUGCUCAUGGCCAUGGUGGCCACCAGCCGAAGAAGGACAGUAAAGGUAGACUCGAGGAGAACGCUGGACGGCUAGAACGAGGCGUGACGGGCAUGCUGAAGAAGUUUGAAAAGAAGUUUGGUUAGAGUUGAUCUGACGAUAUGCACGAGUAGAGGAUAAGACAGGGGCUAUGAUUUUAUGAUAGCAGGGAUAUCCAGGCUUGGAGGAGUAACGGGGGUUAAUUUUUUUUUCUUCGCAUAUAGGAGAUCCAUGGAUAGUAUUUGUAGCUUAAAAGAUAGUAUUUUGUCGCUCGACGCUUCAAUGCAAAGAUUGUU